AUGACCGAUACUAGAUCAACGCCCUAUGAUCUAGAGGGUUUCCUCCAAGUCAAAUCGAUAAAGUAUAUCCUCAACUCCUGGGUUGAAAGUACUCAAGCCCGCAAGGUCUUCAACGCAAGCCGCCCCGACAAACCCCUGGCAUUCCUGUAUCCUGAAACUGCGGACCAGAUCUCAGCUGUGAUAAAAUAUGCCAAAGCCAAUUGCAUCCCAUUCACGUUGCGCACAGGAGGUCACAACCUAGAAGGCCGGACGCUAGUCGAGGACGCCCUUGUCAUCGACCUGCGAGCCUUAAACAAAAUCUCCAUAUCCGAGGAUCGACAAUCGGCAAUCAUCCAAGGCGGAAGUCUCCAGGGAGAAGUCGGCAACUAUCUCUGGGCUGAAGGUCUCGGCACACCCCUCGGCUCAGUCCCAUCAGUUGGCUACGUCGGAUGGGCUACGUACGGUGGAUACGGACCAUUCUCCUCGCACUGGGGUCUAGGCGUAGACCAGAUUCUCGGCGCAACGAUCAUUAAUCCAGAUGGGGAGGUAGUCACAGCAGACGAGACCAUUCUACGGGGUAUUCGAGGUGCAGGGGGCCUGUUUGGUGUCAUCCUUGACCUGACGGUUAAGAUCUAUCCCUUGGACAAUUUCCUGGCCGGUGCUAUCUUCUUUGAUCCAAGCAAUAUCGAGAAGAUAUUUGUAGACUUCAAUGCUGCUUACCACUCACUUCUUGCUACCGAGGGUUUACCUCCACAAUUGACGCUACAGCAAAUGAUUGUCAACGCCCCUCCUGGUCGCAUGUACGGCGUUGGUUUCGUUUGGAGUGGAGCUGACAUGGAAGAGGGCCUGCGGUGGAGCGAAAAGAUAGCGGCUCUGGCUCCUCUGAUGAUGAAUACGGUUGCUCCUAUGACGAUGGCGGAAUGGUUUGCUGGGAAUCAACGCAUGAUCCCUGAGACGGUAUUUGGCUUUGGCACCUUCACACACAGUGUGCAUUCCAUCUCGCCCGCUCUGGCUGGAGUGAUUGGACGCCAUCUGCGGGAUAUGCCAGAUAAUCCGGGGUGUAUGCUAUCGAUUCAUCAAUUGAGGGGACCUUCAGCUCAGCCUCCGGGUCAGCCUUCUGUUUUUGCUGCUAGAGAGCCGCAUUUCAUGUUGGAGAUUCUGGGAUUUUCCAUAACUGAAGAGCAGAAGUUUGAGGGGGAAAGUUGGGCGGAGGGGGCUUUCCGUGAGAUUGAGACUGUCGAGCCUGAGAAUUUGUUGGCUACGUCGACGUGA